AUGACUUCAGACAACGCUUUGAUCUCCGAAAGGAUGUUCAAAAAGUCAUCGCCCAACUACAAGCUGACAAUGUACCUGGCGUCACGUGACUUGGUGGUGGAAAACGGGAGUAUCGAUAAAAUACAGGGUGUUCUACACGUGGAAUCGGGCAAUUUGGAAAACAAGAAGCUAUUUGGACAAGUUACGCUGAUCUUUAGAUACGGUCGCGACGACGAAGAAGUAAUGGGAAUCAAAUCUUGCAAUGAAGCAGUAAUGAGUCUCACUCAGAUCUGGCCUGUGCAUUGCAAUCACGACAAGCAACCGACUUCAGCAUUUCAGGAGGCACUUAUAAAGCGUUUAGGAGACUAUGCGUUUCCGUUCCACUUGGAAUUAACCCACCUAGCGCCACCUAGCAUCCAAUUAGUGCCAGCUAAGCAAUACCACGGUCCACCUAUGGGGACCUCUUAUGAAGUUCGGGCUUAUAUAGCUAGCCAGAAAGAUGAGAAAAUUUCCCGUCGCAAUAUAGUUCGUAUGGGAAUACGAGUGCUUCAACGUAGAUCCCAGCCACCUGUCACGCUGACACAUCACAACGCACUCAGACUUCAAGGAAAAACAAAAUUGCUAACGGACCAAAGCAGUCGACAGAAAGAGGAAAUCGAUAACUUGGAGCCAGCGCCACCUCGCGUCGCGGUCGAAAAGCCUUUUCUUCUUUGUGACGGCAGGUGA